UUCAUUUAGCGGUUAUCUGUCAAACAUAAUUUAAUGGAAAAUGCCGUAUUGGAAGCAAAUAUUUGUUGGAAAGAUUUGUUAAUGUCAAUUGCGUAUGGAACCAUGUGAAUAAAAUCAAUAGCAACUGCAUAAACAUAGGAAGAGGGACGGGCUAUCGAGCUUUUGCAGUUCACAAGCGUCUUGUCAAUGUUGUUGUUCCUGGUCUUUGGACGCUUGCUCGUGUCUAAAAGAAAAAUCGUCUGUUUAAAAUUUCCUUGAGUGCCAUAUUUAUUUUAAUAACAUUAAGAAUAACCCACAUACGCACCUGUUUUCUGUAAACGUGUCCACGGUGUGUUUGUUCUCAUUGCAUUCAUCAACCCAUUCCAGUGUAAACACAGACAGCAAAGAAUAGCCACACCAUAGCCAGUCGCAGUGUAAACACAGAGCGCAAAGAAUAGCCACACCAUAACCAGUUACAGUGUAAACACUGACAGCAAAGAAAAGCCGCACCAUAACCAGUUACAGUGUAAACACUGACAGCAAAGAAUAGCCGCACCAUAGCCAGUUGCAGUGUAAACACAGAAAAGAAUAGCAGUACCAUAGCUGGGCAGAUGGCAGAGAGUACAAGCUAUCAGGAAAAUGUUUUAUGGCAUGACAAGAAUGCAGAUAACAUCAAGAUCCAGUCAUUGGCCAAACAGGUGGAAAACUUGGAGAUAAAUGAAAAAGAUGAAAAGGAAGUGGAUGAAGACAAAGAUGUGGAUGAUGAUAAAGAUAUUGAUGAUGUUGACAAGGAUGUGGAUGAAAACGUCACUAGUCGCUUUAGCAUGAAGAAAAAUGACGAGAAGGAAAAGGAAAGAGACGAUGAUGAAUAUGAGGAGAACCUCAUCACUCACUUUGGGGUCAAGAAAACCGGUGACCUGGAGCAGGAUCAGUACUGUAAGACCCAUGGCAUGUGUGUCACAUGGAACACUGAGGUCAACCUUGGGGACCCCAUCAUACUUGGCAGAGGAUAUCGGUCGGACUCCGUUGAUGAGGCGGUGUUGGAUUUCUACAAUUCACUGCAGUACACUUUCUAUGAGACCGGUUUUCCUGAAACUGAGGACCGCACUGCGAUGCCUCGACGCACCAUCAACAAAGAGAACGCCGUCGUUGCUGUGCUGUCUGCACCCUGUGAGCUCAUGGCACCAUUGAUUGAAUGUGGAAACCAAGUGUCAGACAGCAUGCAUUUGAUAUUCUCCGAGUCCUGGGUAUUGAAGAAACCAUCAUUAGAAAGUCCAGGUCUGUAUGAGCUCUUCAUUCUAAAGGCAAUCACGUUCCACAAGGGGGGCGUGACCUACAUCGACGAGUUUAACCCUCCACGGAAAUGCACCUACCUCAUCAACUUCUUCACCAAUGCAGCGACUUCUGGCCUGACGGACUGGGGUACUGAAUUAGAGAAAAAUCUGGACAUUCCAAUGAGCAGCUCAGUCCCCCUGUGUGCGGUAGUGGACGACAAACUGUGGACGCGUUACCAGAUGUCACGUUGUGGUGUGCCACACCCGGAGAGUCUUGCGUUCACUCUCGCGCCAAAGAGAUUCGUCCCAAGCAGUGAAACCAUCAAAGUUUGCACAUUAGGUCGAUGUGUUAAAAGCGGAAAUCCCCAGGAAGAAAACAUUCAAAAGCAGAACACUUUUGACAACAAGGAAGAAAACAGCAACGUGCCAAACACAUUGAAUGCCCCCAUCGAAAGUCACCCAGUUGACCUGAUGACAAAUUGCGUGUUUACGGCUAAGCAGAUUGUGGACGGUGGUGGGGUGUGUACUCAUGCAGUACCCAUGGAGGAGGAGAUCAGGAACUUCCUGAAAAAGCCUUCCAUUCUAAACAGAAAGAUUGUUGUCAAACCGUCUGGCCCAGAUUACCACGCAAGUAUUGGUGUAACAUUCCAUGCUCCUGGUAAUGUGGACUCGGUUAUUGAUGCAGUAGAAGAUCUACUGGACUCUAUAGAUGAUGGCGAUUCAAUUCUCGUGGAGACCUUUGUGGAACCUAUCAACCCUCGGCCAGUUACAGGUGUUGCCCACAAUAUACAGCAAUGGAAAGCUGACGGAGGGUUAAGUUUUAGAGUGCGCUCCACUUGUUGCAAAGAUUUUGACGGCAAACCUGUGUGCACUAUUAUCACAUGCGGCGUUGCCUCAAAGCACGUCCCAGUUAAUGGUGACAACACCGUCGUUCAGACCCUAGACACCACACUGCUGGCAUUCGGAGUGUCUGACCCCACUGUGCGUCGGAACAUUGAGCGUGACGUACGCAAGAAGUCAGAGGACCUUCUACAGACUAUAAUGGAGGAGGAGAAAAAAUUGACAGUCGAACAACGGGGCGGAAUUGGUGGCUGCACUGAGAUCAUAGGGAUUGAUUUCUUCCUUACGGAGAAGAACGGCCAGAUAUCACCUGUAGCGAUCGAGGUGAACAGUCAUGACUGCACCAUAAACUGUCAGAUCUUCGAGUUCAUUGCGAGCUUGGCCCACCGAUGUACAGUUCUCAACGGCCAGGUCAUGAAUCCGGUGUACCAGCUGUCCGAGCACAGAUUUGGGGAAUACUACACGAGAGAGAAUACAAGAGUCUGUAGUGACAACUCGAAUCAGUACGAGCGAAGAGAUCUUGACAUGCCAAAGUUUGACGAAUUGCUUGGUCGAUGCGUUAGGCCGUGGGUGCGAACCAUGCUCACGCGUUCCCAGGACUACGUGCUUCGAAAUAAGAUGAUCCUUGUGAUUGGAGCUGGAGGCUAUAGCAAGAAGUUUGUCUGGCCUGCUGCAUUGAAGAUGGGAGUCAAGAUAGUCCUUGUGGAAUCCAACCCCGAGCACUUUGCUCGAGACCAGGUACACCGUUUCAUCUGCAUCGACAUAGAGGACCACAAACAAGACCGCCUGCAUGCAAGCAUAAUCGUUGAGAUACUCCGAGACGAGAACAUCAGCGUUGAGGGUUGUCUGACCUUCUGGGAGGAUUGUGGACCCUUGGCCGCCCUCGUGUCUGAACUGCUGCAGCUUAAAGGCAACACAUACAAGGCUGCCUCCAUAGCAAAAACGAAGAGUAGAACCCAGGCCCACUUGAGAGGCCGAAAUGCAGACAUUCCACACUGGCCCGUGACUAACAUGUUCGCCAGUAGGUCAGCACGUAUAACAUGUGAGGCAGACAUUGAAAAGGCUAUUCAAUGUGUGAGUUUUCCGGCCAUUCUCAAGCUGGAGUACGCCUCCAGUGCGGUCGGAGUUAAUAUGGUGAAGUGCGAAGAAGACAUACAAAAUCAGCACGCAUACCUGAUCAACACGCUGCGAACCAACGAUGACUACCACGGAAUCGGUCUGGGAUUUAGCAACUCGAUGAUCCUCAUGGACUACCUGCAGGGGUCAGAACACGACAUUGACGUCGUUAUCUUCGAGAGAAAGCUUAUCGCCGCCUUUGUCACUGACAAUGGCCUCACCAACUGGCCGUCUUACACAGAGACAUCCUCCUUGAUGCCAUCAUCGUUGCCUGUUGACAAACAGGCCCAGUUGGUCACUGCCGCCUACCAGUGCUGUACGGAGAUAGGUCUGUCAAACGGCGUGUUCAACGUUGAGAUGAAGAUGACACAGACAGGACCAAAGCUGAUAGAAAUAAAUGCACGCAUGGGCGGCUUUUACAUCCGCGACUGGGUCAAGAGGCUUUACGGCAUUGAUAUGAUGAAGUGCGCGCUGAUGUGUUCGUGCGGUAUCCGACCUUACGUACCUACCAUCCCGCCGACAGAGUUCAUAAUGGGCGUGAUGCUGAUCCCUUCGGAGCACAAGCAUGUGAUGCUUGACAACGUGACCCGGAUGGUCCUAGACGAUAUGCAGUCUCGAGGCGAAGUCAUCCUCACCAUGCUUGAGAGCGAAGAAGAGCUGAAGCACCCGUAUGACAAAACCGAAUACGAGGAGCCGUACGCAAAUGUUGCUGUCAGAGCUCAUACUGUUGAGGAGGCUCGACGCAAAUUGCUUGCCGUGUGCAAGAAACUUAGCAUUGAGACCAGCGACUAUAAGGUCUCGGAGUUUAUCAAGUUUUUUUAGUUUCUUUGACUGUUGAAUAUUGUUUGAAACCAAAAAUCAUAAGGUCUGUGAGUUUUUCUGAAGACAUUUUGAUAUUUGUUUGAUUCAGUUGAGCCUUACUAAGGUCGAAGAAUUUUGAAAGUUCUUUGUGUUUGUGGAUUUAGAGAAUAAAAUUCAUUUGUGUUGAGUUGGCUAGCUGAAAGCUUGAUUUUGCCACCAUCUUAAUGGUCUAGUGAAUGUGUGUGUGCGCGGGUGAUGGGUACAAGCUAGUCUGUACUGUAACUCUGUCGUCAUUGUGCAAUUCAAAAAUAACAUACCUCAAAUGACCACUGUAUGGAGAAGGCAUGCUCCCUGUAACAUCCGCCUGCCUAUCUGCGAAGGUCCCACUUAGUGGCGAUAUGUUGAAUUUGGUCAUGAAACAGCUUGUCGGGACUGUAAUUUUGUUAUUCAUCUUUUAAUUAAAAAAAAAAAAUCCACAGUAAGAAGACAAUGUGUUUCAUGUUAAUUUGUUUUACUUCCUCAACAGUCAAGGUCAAACUAGAAGAUCAAAUUUUUAAUUUGGCCAUUAAUUAACUCUUUAGCACUUAGAUACAUAUUUUGACGCAUUUGUUGUCCCUCCUAAAGUUUUUUGAAUUCAAGACAUUUCUUACUAGAUUCAAGUUUCAAAGGCUUCAUUUCCAGCCCUUAGAUACUGAUGAGCAGCAAACAGCAUAAAACCUGAACAGACUGCGAGUUACUCACAGGCUGUUCUGGUUUUUUGCUGUUUGCACAUUUUCACUUUGCUUCUAAGUUGGAAAGGGUUAACCAGCCAAAUACUCUAAGUUUUUAGUUGAAGCUCCUUUAAGCAAGGAAUGGCUUAGGAGCAAUAUGUAUAUUCUAUUGAUUAAUUUUCUGUUGUUUGUGCCAUUAGAUUGUAUUAAUGUUGUGCUCUUAUUUAUUUAUUUUAAAAAUCAAAACCCAAUUUAAAAAUAAUAUAUGCUUGUAGUUAUGUAGACAUUAUGCAUAACAGUAACUUGUUCAUUUUAUACUUUCUAUAUACAUGUAUACAUGUUGUUUAAUUGUGUAAUCAUGCAUGUAACAUUUAUGUAAGAGUUCGACGUUUUUUUGAGUCCCUUUCUUGUUGAUUUGCUCGCAAUUUUAGGCUACAGAUCCAUGCAGCUGAUUUAAGAGGGUUCAACUUGUUUUUAUUUGAUACUGUGUGUGUAUUUAGCUCACCUGAUCACAAAGUACGCAAAGUUACAUGUAGCUACGGUGAUCACCAUAUACCCAGGGUUGUGCACUGUGUGUCAUCAAAUUUCAUCAUGUUACCACUUUUGUGGCCACAUUGGUUCCCUAAUACACCAUUAUUCUAACCUACACUUUCAUACUGGUUCCCUGAUACACCAUUAUUCCA